AUGCUCUCCUCACCAUCACCUAGGAGAUCUCUGAAAGAAAUCUCCCACACAAGGGGGCAUAGUUUUGUGAGUAUUCUACCUGCUAAAUCGAAGGAUGAUGAACUCACGUUGUUCAAGGAUAUGCAGAAACAUGAGAGGGAUAACUUCUUACUGGAACCAGGAGAGGAUUUUGAUGAAUCCAUCUCAAAGUUGAGCUAUUUUCGGGAUUUAAAGCUUGGUGUCAACAUCGCUGCACGGGGAGAAAGCCGUGAUUUGCUUAAUGCUGAUGGUGAAAGAAAUGAUUAUGAUUGGUUGUUGACUCCACCAGAGACCCCACUUUUUUGUUCAUUGGAUGAUGAAGAAGACCAGCGCAUUGGUAUGGCUCAUAGGGGCAGGCCGCAGAUUAAGCCAAUAUCAAUUUCAAGGUCAUCCACAAUGGAAAAUACUCGAAGGUCUAACAGAAGCAGUGCAAGCCCAAGUAGGCUUAGCCCAUCACCACGCUCAUGUAGCAGCACUGUGUUGACAAGGACUCGAUCAUCAAAUUCUUCUUCACGAAGCAGCCCUGCACUUCAUUUGCAACCAGCAGCACCAUCACGAAGGUCUUCAACUCCUCCAGCUUCUAAGACAUCAACCCCUCCACGAAGGUCACCAAGUCCUGCUUCAAGGAGGUUGAGUACUGGCUCAAGUGACCCAAUUUUAAACAGAAAAGGAGGAACUUCGCCUAUUAAAAUCAGUAACAGGCCAUCUUCACCAAAAUUUCAAGGUUGGCAAUCAAGUGACCCUAGUUUCUCUUUUGAGGCACCUCCGAAUCUACGCACAUCUCUGUCAGAUCGUCCAGUAUCCUGUUCAAGGGGUGGAUCUCCUUCAUCUUUCAGUGGAUUGGACAUGAAUUGGAGAGGUAGAAGGCAAUCUAUGUCUCCCACUCCAUCAAGAAGAACCAGUUCAUCGCAUAGCAAUGAUCGAUUCAGCUCGUACAGCAAAGCAUCUGCAACAUCUUCUGCUGAAGAUGAUCUAGAGUCUAUGCAGUCUGUGCCAAUUAGUUACUCCAGUAGUCCAGCCCUAAGAAAGAACUUGUCAGUAAUGAAAUCCAGAACUAUUGCAUCACCUAAGAAGCCGUCCAAGAGUUUCUCCCCUAGUUCUGCUCCAAAGCGGUCCUUUGAUUCUGCAGUCUGGUUGAUGGAUCAUCGCAAAGCUCCUCAAGAUAAGUUCAGGCCACUUCUAUCAAGUGUUCCUUGCACGACAUUUGGUGUUGGCAAAGGAGAUAAUGUACACUCAUCUAUGUUGUCACAUAACUCCUCACUCACAACAAGCAGUAAUUUAAGCUCUGACCAUGGUGUCACUUUUAGCCCUUGUAUGGGUAAUGAACAAGAACCGAGUGAUAUAGUCGGUGACUGUGAAGCAACACCUAGUUCCUUGAUUCAUGAUGAUAUAUUUAUGUUUGAUCAAUUGGAUGAAGGAUCCAGUGGUCAUCAGCACAGUUUGUCUGCUACUCAAAGUGGCCCAAAAUCUCCAAGCACAGAAAAAUAUGCGGAAAGUAACAUAGAGGGCCUCAAUAUGGAAAGAAGUAGAAUAGCUCAGACUUCAUGUAAUGUCGCAAGUGGUUCUAAGGCUGGGCAAACUAAAAUGGCAACAUGCACUAGGUGUGGAAAGUUAUUUAAUGCGAUAGAAGAUGAUGGAGAAGUUGAUUUCUGUGAAGAAUGUGGUUUAGUAGAUGAGGUCCUUUUUGUGGACCCUAAGAUAGAGACUUCGGAAGAAGAACAUCGAAAAGACUACAGAAGUUCUAAACCUUGUGUUGCAUUGGAAGCUCCUCUCAUUACUCCAGAUCAUGGUGAACAUAUCAAGAAGUCAUCUCUUGACAGUCAGCUGGUGAAUGAUGAACCUCCAGCUGAUUUUCUGCAAAAAUGUCCUCAAUCCCAGUCAACAAUGGAUACAACCAACAGAAUGCAUGGAGAGAAUGUUACUGAAAAUUUAUGGCCAAAUGAUGUUGGCAACUCUUCCCGAGGAAAUAGCCUCGAUAUUUCAUCCCAUCAGUGUAGCAUAAAUAAUCAUCAACAAACGGAACCAGCAUCUGUAAUUGAGUGUGAUAAUUUAAGAGAUCAAACUGCCAACCACCACAAUGAGGUGUUCCAAUGCCUGCCGGGGUCAGUGUAUCAAAGCAUUGAAUUUGCCUCUGAUACACUUACCAUUGACAGUUCUUGUAAACAGGGAUCGGCUGGGCAUUCAAAUCUAAAGGUUGAAAAUACAGAGGGUGCUGGGAUUUCAGUACUCUUGCUGCAGAAGUCAAGCAGCAACAAAUGGCCUGUUAUAGAAGGGAGACCCUUAGCUGGUACAAACAUUGUCUGUUCGGAACCAUAUUAUACAAGGGAUGGUGUCAGUACGCUGAAGUGUACCAUUGGAUUGGAUAGCUCAUCAGUUUCUUCUUCCAUUGAUCAAGGGUCUACAAGGCAAUCUGGACAUUUGGAACGCCUUAAAAGUAGUAAUCGUCAUGACUUUGAGAAGUCUCAAAUAAGUAGUACCAUGAGUUGUAAAAGCAUUGCAUCCAUGUCAGAUAUGUCAACUAGCACUUGUUCAGUUUCAGUUUGUCCUCGGGGUGAUACAAUUGUAGAUACUGGCUUCCUAACCGACAAUUCAGAAAGCAGUGUUCCAAGAACCAUGAUUUGUACUGAAGAACUUAAUGAGUCGUGUAAGUACACACUCUCAAGCGCUAUAGAGUGCUGGUCUGCCGCACAGGCUAUUGUUAAUGUUGACAUUGGUUCAACUGAAGAUGUAGUGAUUCAGAAACAAUGUACAGGUAGGAUGGCUCACAAAGAUAACAUAAGUGAUCACUCAUGUUCAUCAGAUACCGAAACAUGUAGCAAUAUCCCACUCUCUCUGGCUCCUGAGGAAAGUUGCAUACAGAAAACUGAAGAAGGUACCUCAGUUGGCACUCCAGAACACCCAGAUGAUGAUUGUGGCAGCAAUAGUUACCGAAUGCAGCAUGAAACAAUUCCUGAUCCUAAUGAGGCAAAUAGGUUGGAUGAUGGUUGUGUGUCUGUCAUCUCUGAGGAGGAUGUGUUGAUUCCUGCAGCAGAGGCCAACAUAAUGGGGCUUCCUGGUAAUGAAGAAUCACCGGCUACAGUUGAGGGAUCAAGAGAACAAACUCAGAGAUGCUUCACAUUAGAAGAGGCUACCGAUACAAUUCUCUUCUGCAGUUCCAUUGCACAUGACAUUGCAUACAGGGCUGCGACAAUUGGACUGGAGCACGAGCAGCAAUCAGAACUUGCUUCUGCUCUUCGCCCAACAGUUACCAUGGUAGGACGAUCCAUUCCAAGGAGUGAUGGUUCACUGAAACCACCCCACAGACGAACGCCAAGACAUAGGAAAAGAUCAGAAGGUGAAAUAGUCACAGAAACUGACAAGAUGGAAGUGGUUGCUAAAGAUCCUGUACUUGUUCGGCCAGUUCCUGAAUUUUCAAGGACAUCAGGCAGCAUGAAGCCCCCAAAGGUCGAAUCAAAGUGCAACUGUGCAAUUAUGUAG